AAAAUGAGCAUCAUGGAGGACAUCAGUCAAGAAAUCCAGUAUUGCUUUCCAAAUAACAAUUUGUCUUGUUUAAAAGAUAUUAAACCUGAAGUGGAGUAUGUCAUUUUGUUCACAUUCAUUUCUUUAGCAUCGGUUUUUACAGUGUUUCUGAACCUGCUGGUGAUCAUCUCCAUCUCUCACUUCAAGCAGCUCCACACUCCAACCAACCUGCUCAUUCUGUCUCUGGCUGUGGCAGACCUGAUCGUGGGACUGAUUGUUAUACCCUUAAUGGGCAUCAGAUUCAUAGAAUCAUGCUGGUACUUUGGAGAGACAUUUUGUUCUCUAUUUUCAUUUACAGUUUUUGUGGUUGUUUCAGCAUCUCUUGGUAAUUUAGUCUUUAUAUCUGUAGAUCGUUACAUUGCUGUGAGUGACCCUUUGAGAUACACAGUAAGAGUCACAAAUGAUAAAGUAAUUUUUUGUAUUAUAAUAAACUGGCUAUGUUCUAGUAUAUAUUCUGUCAUUAUCUUAUAUAAUACUAUGUUCUACCCAGAGACACAAGACAGGUGUUAUGGAGACUGUUCAGUUUCUUUCAAAUUUGAACAUGUUGUCACAGACCUCAUAGUCACGUUUGUUACCCCUUCUUCUGUAAUCAUGUCAGCAUAUGUGAAAAUAUUCUGUGUUGCAAAAUAUCAGGCCAAGGUUAUAAAUUCUGUCACAGGUGUCAGCAGAUCACAAAGAAAGGCAGCAAAAACUCUGGGGAUUGUGGUAAUGGUUUACUUUAUGUGUUGGAUACCUUACUAUAUUGUCAUCCUUUUUGAAGGAAAUGACACAAAAGAAUCAGUUGAAUUUAAUGUAACAUGCUGGAUUGUAUACAUGAAUUCUUGUAUGAAUCCACUUAUCUAUGCACUGUUUUACAAAUGGUUUAGAAAAUCUUCUAAACACAUUCUGACUCUAAAAAUAUUUAAACUCUCAUCAGAAUACUUCAGUCUUUUUCCAGAAGUUAAUUGA